AUGCAGAAUAUCUUUCUAACUGAAAACAGAACUAUUGAAUUAUAUAUCAUGCGGACAUUUGGAAAAACCUUCGCGUCAGGAGAGAGGAGAAGAGUUCCAGAAGGCCAGCAGGUUUGCUGCUACCAAUGUGACCCUUGUCCAGAAGGGACCAUUUCUGAUCAAACAGAUGCUGCCCACUGUGACCUCUGCCCAGAAGACCGAUACCCCAAUGAGCACAAGGACCACUGCAUUGCCAAGAGGAUCCACUUCCUUGCCUAUCAAGACACCCUGGGAUACACUUUAUUAUGUCUCGCUCUUUUCCUCUCUAUGGUCACAUUGGCAGUCCUGGUGAUUUUCCUUAAACAUCACGAAACACCGAUUGUCAAGGCCAACAACCGAAAUCUCACCUACAUCCUCCUGGUUUCCCUAAUGCUCUGCUUCCUCUGCUCCUUCCUCUUCAUUGGUCGACCCAGAAAGCUCACCUGUCUCUUCCAACAAACUUCAUUUGCCAUCCUCUUUUCCCUUGCAGUUUCCUCUGUCUUGGCAAAAACGGUCACGGUGGUUCUGGCCUUCAUGGCCACUAAACCUGGGAACAAGACAAGGAAACUCUUAGGAAAACCACUGACCAACUCCAUUGUCUUAGGCUGUCCCCUGAUCCAAGCAGGUUUUUGUGCCACUUGGCUGGCAACAUCUCCUCCAUUUCCUAACUUGGACUUCCACUCUUUGAUAGGAGAGAUCAUCUUGGAAUGUAAUGAAGGCUCAGCUUCAAUGUUUUAUGCUGUCCUUGCCUAUCUGGGUUUUUUGGCCCUUGUCAGUUUCACAGUGGCUUUUCUGGCUAGGAAAUUGCCUGACAGCUUUAAUGAAGCCAAAUUCAUCACUUUUAGCAUGCUAGUCUUUUGCAGUGUUUGGAUCACUUUCCUCCCCAGCUAUCUGAGCACCAAGGGAAAGUCCAUGGUGGCUGUGGAGAUCUUCUCCAUUUUGGCCUCUGGAGCUGGUCUUUUGGUUUGUAUCUUUUCCCCCAAAUGCUACAUUAUCUUACUGCGACCCCAUCUGAAUUGUAGGGAAAAUAUAAUGAAGCACAGAAAUCUCUGAUUUAUAUGGGAUUUGGGAAUUUUUAUUUUGGCUUGGGUGCAUUUUGACAGUUGUCCCCAGAGAAGACUUGGUAAUGAACAUGGAAAUCAACAUUGAGAUUAAAUAAGUGGAUAAUAAUUUCCACCUGUACAGUUUCUUCAUUUAUUUUUUAUCAAAUCACUUUUAAAAAAUGGGUUGGAUUAACUAUUUAUGUUUUUAAACAUGUUUCUUUUCAUAGAGCUCUGAGGUUUUGUUUAGGUCACACUUCCAUGCUAUCCAGGGUGCACCAUGAGGAGGUGAACUGACAUCACACACUGCCACCAUCCCUGAUUAUCAACUAUAGGUCCCAGUUUGAGCAAGUUGGAAGAAAAGUUUCCAACUCCAUCUGACUACAGGCUUCCCACAGGACUGUGUUUUGAGUCCAGUACUCUUCACUUUGAUAACCCACGACUGCUGUGCCAAAUCUGCUAUGAAUCAUAUUGUGAAUUAUGUGGAUGACACGGCAGUGGUGGGUCUUACCCAAGACAACAGUGAAGAUGCUUAUACAGAAGAGGUGAA